AUGGCCAACAACGCCACCAUGGACGGCCCUACUCCAGAAGCUCCUUGUAUCCUCUUGGCAAUACCUCAAGAGCUCCGUGACAAAAUUCUCUUCUUCGCCCUCCCAGAAGCGUACGCGCUCCCCAUCUCCUGGGACCCGCGUGACGGCCGCCAAGUCACACCGGUCGGACUGUACCCAAAAGCGCCCUACCCAUUCAACGAGACCGAGGAGCACUCCUACCAACCCAUCCCCCUCCUCUCCGUCUCUUACCAGAUCCGCUCCGAGUCCCUCUCCGUGCUCUCCCACCAAAUUCUCCUCGAAGUCUGCACUUUCGAAGCCCUCUCGGCUCUCCUUCCCCUUAUUCCAGACGUCGCGCCCCUCCCAACGUUCCCACGAAACUUCCACCUCAACAUCUUCUACGGCUUCAGCCUCUGGAUCCCAGAGUACGUGGACCCGUUCAAGACGCCAGGCCCGACCAAGACGCGAGGGUACUGCAAAGCCUGGCUGGCGCAGCUCGAGCGACUCCCCGCCAACACCGACACCGUGACACUAGACUUCUCGCACCCGGUCGCCGGGAACGACCAGCGGGAACGCCUUCUAGACUACGACAAGGAACCGCUGGUGCUCGUGCAGCGCGGGUCGGCGAAGCUGUGGCGGAAGACGUGCGGUAAGGUGACGGUGAAUGUGAUUGGGUGGGGAUUGGCUAGAAGGCAGGACUCGACGACUGUGCUGGAACGAUCUGUCUAUUGCCCUGGUCGGAAAAAAGGAAAGAAGGAGAACAGGAGCUCCGGUGGUUGUACCCAAAACUUUUGGAGCGUACUUUCUGACCUCGAGGUUGAGGAGGAGUAUGAUGAAGAUGAGGAUGAGGACUAUGAAGAGUCUGACGAGGAGUCUGACUCUGAGCCAUACGAGGAGGAUUUGGAUUCUGGAGGGGAGAGCGACUACACUUCUGACAUUGAGGAAGAGGAGUCUGUAGAAGAGGGGUCGAAUAGCUUGGCGUCUUAUAUCACAAGAGGACGAAUCUGUCGACGAGCAGUCUAGGACUUGCAAGUCCGAGUCUGAAGAUGUGGGAGAAGUGGAAGAGGACAUCACUGUCAGGCCAGCUCCUCAAGCAGAGUCUGGAUCGACCUCGACCUUUUGGAGUGUUCUUUCUGACCUCGAGCCUGCCUGAGGAGUACAAUGCCUCGUCAUAGAAAUCCGUACACUGGUUUACCGCUGUGUGAGGAGCUUCAUAGUGUUUUCAGCAUUCCGAAUGAUGAAAAAGUUCGGCAUUUUGGAGAACAAGUAGACUCGCGAGGUUACUCCAGACAGCGUCAGCUAGAUGUACGCAAAUCGGAAACGUAGCCGCUCCGCUAUCACCGGUUUUCAUUAGUAAGGAGUGCCACCAAUAGCGGCAGGGAAGUGUACGGAUAUUUAUGGCAAGGCAUUGUAAGUAAGGGGUGUGUGCGAU